AUGGGGGUGCUGUGUUUGAGGGGUGCGUGUGCUGACCUGCUCUUGUCCCUCAAAUGGAAGGCGCAGGUGUCCCACCUGGCUCUGUGUUCGGUCCACUGGCAGACGGCCCUCAACCGGGUGCACCUCUCUUCAUCGCCCGCUCGCUGCUCCUCCUCCUCCUCCUCCUUCAGCGUGGCCACGGAUGCCCCGCCCACGCCCGGGAGGGAUCGCCGGGGAAACGGCGGCCCCGCCCCGACCCCGCCCCCCCCUGAGCGCGGAGACGCGGGGCUGUCGGAAGCACUCGACUCUGCGGGCGAGGCGUCGGGGCCGUGCGGAGAGUUCCGGAAGCCGACCCACCGGCGCCGUAUGACCCUGGCUCUGCACCGCUCCCCCUCGCCCAAGUGCGCCCCCCCCCAGCCCGCGUGCACCCACGCUGACGCCGAGGGGGGCCAGCGCUCCACCCGCCCCAGGCCCAGGACCAUAGCCCUCUUCUUUCCGAACGAGGAGGACGACGCCCACGAGAGGCUGCAGCGCCUCCUGGAGGAGCGUCGGGAGGCGGCCAGGGUCACCAUGCAGGAGGUGGUCUGCCCCUGGGAGUCAGCCAACACACAGAGCUACUUCCCCCGCUGACCAGCAGGGGGCACCAAGAUCACCCCCUCGCCAAUACUACCCACAGACACACGACAGCCUUCAACACACGCUCAAGAGCACAACAGAAUAAUGCUCAUCCCCCACCGUAGGCUUCUGUGAAAGCUUUCUGAAGGUUUCUGUGGAAGGUUUCUGUAGGUUUCUGUGAAAGAUUUCUGAAGGUUUCUGUGGAAGGUUUCUGUAGGUUUCUGUGAAAGAUUUCUGAAGGAUUCUGUGAAAGCUUUCUGUAGGUUUCUGUGAAAGAUUUCUGUAGGUUUCUGUGAAAGAUUUCUGUAGGUUUCUGUGAAAGAUUUCUGUCUGUGCAGUGCCGUUCUGUUUUUAACCAAUGUGUUUACAAUGAAAAACGCUCUGUAGCGAGGAAGAAUAUGAUUUAUAAAUAAUAGCAGCUUUGACCGAAAUAAAAACAAACUGAAGACAGUAAUGUAGAACUGUUUAU